UCGCAUUAUAUAGCAUAGACACGCAUAUAUGGCUUGCAGCGCAUUAAGAAGAAGAAGCAGCAGCUUAAUAAUGCAGCUACUUCCAAAGACAAAUAGUGCUAGUGCUACUACUACUGCCUGCGCAGCAGCUCUCGUGGCCAUUGUGCUACAGCUGCAGCUGGCCGUGGUCUGUCCCGCCGCCGCCGGCGACACGCACCACCUGCACUUGUACAUGCACGACGGCUACACGGGCCCCAGCCCCACCGCCGUGCUGAUCGUGAACGGCACCGUCCCGGUGAUGACGGGCGUGCGGUUCGGCGACACGGUGGUGAUGGACGACGUGCUGACGGAGGGCCCGAGCCGCGCGUCGAGGGUGGUGGGGCGCGCGCAGGGGAUGUACGUGACGGCGUCCCUGCUGCGGGGCGCCCCGGCGAUGCUGCUGUCGGCGAACCUGGUGCUCACCGACUACGGGGCCUACAGCGGCAGCACGGUGGCCGUGAUGGGCCGGAACGACAUCAUGCAGCCCGUGCGCGAGCUGGCGGUGGUCGGCGGCACGGGGCGGUUCCGCAUGGCCACCGGCUACGUGCUCUGGAAGACGGCCACCUGGCGCGGCAAGAACGCUGUCCUCGAGCUCGACGUCUUCCUGCGCGCCUGAUCGAUCGACUGAUCACCGGCCGCAUCGAUCUAUCCUAUCGACAUGACAUCAUGCGCGCCCGAAUAAAUAAAAGCUCCGUUAGUUUUCGUUUUCAGCUCGUUAUUUGUUAACUGAAGCAUGGAUAUGAUGGAUGUCAUGC